UUGCAGUGAAAAAAUUGGCCGGGGGGGGGGAAUGUCGUUAGAGUGGGGCAGCUUGUGGGGUGGGGCCUGGCUGGGGGUCUUCCAUGGGGCUGCAGUGAAACCCUGGGGUUCAUGAUGAAGUCCUCCUGGGUCAGGAGGACUUGGGGCCUCACCUUCUCUUUCUAGCAUUUAUCCUGCAAACCUCCUCCAGCCUUGAAGUAUUCCGUCCGUUGGGAGUUCAGAAGUCAUGGGGUCCACUGACGAAGAGGAGAGUGAGUGUGUCAUUUUGAUUAAUGAAGAUGACGCUGAGAACACUUCGGAGAGUUCUGUUUUGUUGAUUGAGGACUCAGAAGGCUCUCCCUCGGAAGAGAAGAGCACAGAUGAAGUUGUGGACGAGGAACGGGAGGUGAUAGUUACUUUCUGCAAGCGAGCAAAAGUGAUGCCCCAUGCCAGAUACGACUGUCCGACCCACCCCUUUGAGCGGGCGGAAUGCGAGGUGUCCUGUGCCCUGGCGGGGAACGCCCGGACCUGUGGCCAGUGCUACUGCUACAUUUGUGAUAAGCUUGCCGCGGAGUGCCCAGACUGGACGGCGCCUUCGCUCUGCCACUGCAACGCACACAACAAGAGCAAGUACUGGAAGAGUCAGUGGGAUUUUGCCCUCACCGGCGGCCUCGCCACGUUCAACUUGGAGCUCUCGGAAAUCGACGCCGACGUCCGAUACGGGGGAACGAUCCUUCAGAAAUUCACGCACGACGUUUCUGUGGAAUAUAACAAAUACCUGUCUGGUGAAAGAGUUCCUUCAGAUUUCCACCCAUGUUUUUGUUACCGGAAUCUGGGUCCUGGGCAGUGUCAGGCAUGCGGCCUCCACCUUCUGAAUGUCGUAUACAGGUAUACUUCGGUGUUUGAUCUCGUCACGGCCUUCCUAAAUCGGGCUGAGCAAGAGACCCCCAAAACAGAGGCCAUCGUGCUCUUGGGGGCAGCUAAAGAGAUUGCCCUCCACAAGGACCCAGCUUUGUACUCACGAGACUUUGACCCAUCCUCUUCACCAAACCAGGCUAUAUCUUGUCUGAUGGCCAGGAUCACAAGGCGGCUCCAGAGGCUGCUGGUGCUGAACGACUUCCCGAAAGCGCUGCAGAGCAAACUCCUCCUCUUCUACCAGGCCAUUCCUUUCCCGACUCACUGCUACGCCUUCUCCAAAAGCCUGAGUUUCCUGCCUUGGGACCAUGGAUUGUUGACUUCGGUCUUAAAGGGACAGAACGUCACGGGUCAGAGGACUCAGAAAGGGAAAAAAGAGUGUCUCUGUGAAAUAGUUCCUGUGAUCGAGGCCCGGAUUGAGCGGCUGGAAAACGGCCAACAGUACAAGGAGCUGAUCCGCUACUUGAAGGUGGUGAAAUGCAGUGAUGCCCAGUGGAUGCAGAAGCAAAGGGACAAAAUACCCUUCUACAAGUGCAAGACCGGAGACUUUAUGGGUGCUGCCCAGGCCCUCCUUUCGUUCCACGCCAAAUCCCAGUGCACUGCCAGCCGCUUGACCCCGCUUCAGUUUGAGACCUACCUGAAGAUGUUCCGGACGGGGUACGUUCCCCAGGGGAGGAACCUGGAGGACUCCGCCCAGUGGACGUUUGUGGGUGACCCUCUGAAACUUCCGUAUCUGCUCAAGCUCACCUUCACGGUCUUCUACAGUUCCCCCUUGUUGUAUAGCAGCGCUGAAUGCUGGAGUUCUGUGGUAAUGAUUUUUGGCAGCCACCCUGUUUUGAGAGAGGACGGCCACCUGACUGCUCUUACCUUGGAAGAACCGCCUUGGGAAUUCCAACAGUUGGUCUUAAAUGAGUCCUGUUUUAUCGUGGAGGAGCUGGAGAACAAAAUCAGCGCUCGCGUUUCUUUCCCCGCAGAUGUGUUUGGAGCACACUUGCAGCUGGAAGCCAGCCUCCUUUUUGUGGUCGAGGCGAUCCGUCAGAUGUUCCUGAAGGAAUCUCGUUACCUGAACUCUUUCCUAGAAAUCAUCCUGGCCUUUAGGCAUAACUUCUGGGCUCUGAAGCUGCUCUUCCAGUCCUUGUCGUACCAUCAAAAGGCUCUGCACACCAUCGCUAGCUUGACUCUCUCGGACCUCAAUGACCGGAAAGUGGAAAUGCUGGAGCAGUGGCAGCACCUUGGUCCCGAGUAUGUGGAGAAACUGCUGCACCUGUUCCUGACCUCCACGGACGCCAACAUACCAUCGAUCGGCCUUUCCAUCAUGAAUGUGAUCACGGAGAACAUCCACCUGUGCCCGUGGGCGAAACAGGUUGGCCAGUUCCUUCAAAAAUGGGAACAUCCUCCUGCCCCAUCUUCACUCCCACCAGACAUGGCUGCCCGCUUAAAGAACCUAGUGAAGGACUUGGUGGCAGAAGAGUUUAAAAAGCUGAAGACGCCAGCGCCUGAUCCAAGGCCCCAGCUGCCCCAUGGCCAGUUAAUGCUUCCCACCAGGCCCACUGGUGCCGUGCCAGCACUAACUCCUCCAGUUCAAUCGUUGGCCACUCCACCUAGGGGGCGCUCUGAUUUCCAGCCCUCCAUUUUAUCUAGCCCUGCCCGUUGCCCUAUUCCAGACUGUGAAAAGGGCCGCUUUAGACUUCAGCCUCCUGCUAAACACCACAGACACACAGCCAGGUCGCUGGAGAGUUCUUAUCGGUGCUCACCCGAUCCGCGUGACGCUGCUAAAGGCAUUUCCAAGCAGAAGAAGAGAACCCAUCUGAACCACCCGGACACUGAUGAACCUGCCCCCUCCAGACGACGUGUUUCUCUGUUGGGCUCUGAUAGGCCUCACGUUAUUCAGUCAGACAUGCCGGAUGUCCAGUCUCAUCGGCCAUUGGGCAAGGAAGGAGGGGGAUGCUCGGCAGAUGGGGCUCCUGGUUCUUUGGAAUCUCCCUUCAGAUUAUUCAAGCCUGAGGAUUUUGAUAUCCUUCUCACUAAAGUAUGCAGAACAUUAGAGGCUAACCCAGAUCCUGUUAACUGCGCUCCCUCGACUCCUGUGCAUUCUCUGACUGCCAAGGUUCUUGCUUCUUUGUCUCCAAGAAAACCCGUCUUCCCAUUUCCCAAGCUUUUUCGAGAGGUCAUUCAAAAGGAAUGGGACUCCCCAGCUUCCUCCAAGGGGCUGGGGACUUUACCCAAACAUUUUUAUACCUUCUCUCCAGAGAUCAUGGCUAUGCUCUCUGUUCCUGUGGUGGAUGCACCGGUAGCAUCUUUGGUCUCUGGAUCAGUAUUAGAAAAGGAUGGAGAGGGAAAUCUCAGCCUCAGGUCACCUGAGGACAAGAAUAUUGAUUUACUCUUAUGUAAGUCCCAUGAGGCCUCUGCCUUAGCCAUCAGGGCUUCUGCAGCCUGCUCUAUUGUCGCUAGAGCAUCCGUUCUUUGGGCUGGAGAACUUUUAAAGGACUUGCCCAAGGACCCGGUCAAGCUCAGACAUGGCAUUACCAAACUGGCCAAAGCAGCAGCCUUUAUAGCCGAUGCUAGCCUGGAUAGUCUGCAGUUUUCAGCUCGCGCCGCAGGUUUGAAUGUAGCAGCAAGAAGAAUCCUCUGGUUAAAACAUUUGAAGGUAGACCCCAAGAAACAACUCAAGCUGGCUUCUUUGCCUUUUAACGGCUCUAAGCUCUUUGGGAAGUCUCUUGAUCAGGUUCUGAGAGAAACCAGGGUUAAGAAGAAGACCAUGCCUUCAGCUAGGAAAGACACUAGGAAGCCCUCUCACUCUUCCAGAUCUAGACAGUCCUGCAGUUCCACAACUUGGACCAGCCUUGCCUACGCCAACUCAGUUCACCAGGAACACAAAAAAUAGUCUCAUCAAUGACUAGCCUCCUCUCCCUGUGAAGGGAAGCCUCAUCUAUUUCCUUCUGGCAUGGCAAAACUCCACACAAGAUCACUGGCUCCACUAUAAGCAGUGGUUGCUGCUCCUUGACUUCCUAUCAGUGCCUCCAGAACACUUUUGCUCAGUACCUCUCUCCAGGAACCUGAUCAGACAUCGCCUUACAAACAGAGCCAUUCAGCAUCUAGUCCAGAUCAAAGCAAUAGAACCCGUGCCUUGAACAGAAAGAUAGCAAUACAUUUAUUUUAUUUUAUUCUUGGUUCCGAAAAAAGAUGGGUGCUGCAGUCUUGGACCUGAAGUGUCUCAUCCAGUUCAUAUGGAAACACAAGUUUUGCACGGAAACGCUACGCACCAUAAGCAGAGCGAUCCAGCCCAAAGAUUUUCUAACAUCAGACUUUCCUCAAUCCCGCCAGACUUUCUUCAGCGCCACAUGAGUAUUCACCAAAGUACUGGUGACUUUCAGGGCUCAUAUGAGACUACACAGCUUGUAUGUCUACCCAUCUUUCCAUGACUUUGUCAAAUCCCCGUCCUUCCAGAGGGCCUCAGCAGACAUUCACCACACCAUCCAUACUCUCUCCAACCAUGGCUUCCUAGUGAACUUGGCAAAGAGUUCAACCACUUCCUCGCAACGGAUCUCCCAUCUGGGAGUGGUAACAGAUAUCCUUCAAUUGAUGGUGACUCUUCCACUGGAACGGGAGAACAAGAUCCACUUAUGGGUACAAAGCAUUCAAUCCCACCUAUCAGUGAACCUGAUGGCACUUACUCAACUCCCGUUGCUCCCCCGUCCCCACCACCACUCAGAUAUACCAGACGAUGUGGAUUGCUUUUUUCCAUUGGUGCAGGCCUCACCACAUUCCCCCGCUACAGGCAAACAUUUCUCAAGUACUCUCCAUCUUCCAAUCUGGACUCUAAAAGGGCUUUAGGCCCAGUACACCCAGGAGACAAGUUCUGCACUCUCUUCUGAUCUCUUGCCUUCCUCCAGAGUACCUCUGGCUUAACAUCCACAUCGCAAGAGGUUCUUACGCUGUGAAUCUAACCUCCUAUGCUCCACAGUUCACGCAUCAUCAUCUUGGAACCUAAAUAAAGUUCUCGGUGCUCUCAUCAAGCCUCCAUCUGAGCCACUCAGAUCAGUGCCUCUGAAACUCCACUCCUACAGAUGACCAUUUCUUUCAACCAUUCCAUCGGCAUGCAGAGAUUUGGAGCUUGGCGCUCUCUAUACACAGACAACUCUUGCCUCUUCCAGCCUGACUCAGUGGUUCCAAAAACAGAUUCUCACCUUCCUCCCUAAAGUCAAUACAUCACUCCACAGAAACCAGGACGUUAUUCUCCCUUCAUUCUGUCCUCCUCCUAAACAUCCUCAAGAGAAGUCCUGGCACACCUUAGAUGUUUGCCAAGCGCUAAAGGCCUAUCUGAAAGGCACAAAGAGUUAGACAACCAGACUCUCUUUCUGUAUCUUUUCACCCUGCUGCCAUCGGCAGCAAACUCUCCAAAGGUACCCUUGCACGCUGCAUCAAGGCUGUGGCCUAUGAACCUCUAGUGCCUCUUGCCCCUCAUAGGAUUACAGCACACUCAACCAGAAACUUCGGCAGCAUUUCCUGCUAACGCUCCCCUCUCGGAAAUAUGUAGAGCUUCCACUUGGGCGUCGUUCUCUCCUUUCACCAACCGUUGCAAGCUGAAUGUUUACCAAGCAGCUUGGGGUUGUA